UUUGAUUGGAGGUUGGAACGCAAGCUACUUCCUCGCUCAUGUGAUUUGUUUUGGACAGGAAAAAAAGGUUUGACGUUCUUGGGUCUGUUUUAUAACGUAAAACGCUUCUUCGUUUAGUUAACAGCGUGUUGAUAGUUUACAGUCCAGUGCUGUUUUGUUGCGUUUUCAGUCAUGUCCGGAAGCAGAUACCCGAUAGUGGUGCAGGGGGAGGCGUCUGAAACAGACUCCGAUGAUGAAGUCUACAUCACCUCUCUGACUUCUCACCAAACCACCACAGGAGGAAUCAAGGUUCCUGGGGAAGCCUCUGAGACGGACAGUGAGGAUGAUCCGCAGGAGGCGGUUAGAGCCUCGGUAAUGGCUCAGGAGAGUGCCCAGAUACUCAGGAGAGAGCUGCCGCCUCUCAUUGUGGUCAGAGACAACCCCGACGUGCAGUCCAUAGUGGAAGACAGGCCGAGCCCGUCCCACAAGCCCCACGUAGGUGACACCCUUCUACAGCAGAAGCUGCAGGAAUCCAACAGCCGGCUGUAUACCGAUGUGGGGCAGAUGGUCCGGCAGGUUUACGGCAAUGCCAGUAAGGAGGUCCACAGUGUAACGUCUCAACUGAAUACAUCCCAGAGCGCCAUCAUCGGUGCCUCCCACAGCAUCAGACUAAUCCUGGACGAUCUGAAGGCCGUGUCUGAGAAGAUCGACAUCAUCACCAGCUGUCAAAUACUGCCUGAUAUUAACAUCAAUCAUCCCAGUUGUUUAACUUCCCCUACACCCUAAUUAAUAGUAUUAAAACUGAAAAAAAAAAAAACAUUUUAAACAGUAUCAUAUGUAAACAUUUAUUAACUGCAGAGUAUGACUCAAGGAAGGGUAAAUUGCUUUUCUUAAAUUAAUACAAACUUUCUCUAUGCAUAAAAUAAAAUGUAUAUUUAGAAGUUACCACUUAUUGUAUUUAAUUGACAGUGACCGAACUUUGUUAAUAUGAAUAUGUUCUGUUCAACGCCAUGUAAUGGGUCAAUGAGUGUAUGUGUUGUAUUUAUAACCAUUUGUUUACAUGUGUCUUCUAAGUUUAAUAAGUAAAAGAAAAAUAUAACAUUUUUAAGAAAUGCUAUGUAUAUUUAAAACCUGAAGGCUUCCCACCUUGUGCGAAGUUCUGCUUAUAAUUGAAUAAAAUUUUAGUCUUUGAUUGUU